CUCAAUCCCCGGUCACAUUCUCGAACGAACCACCGGGGGCAUCAAACGUAAGAAAGUUCGCUGUGACGCGGUGCCGAGUUUACCGAUCGUGUUGUUGGCAACAGUGCAAAACAGUUGCAGAAGAGAUCAAUAGUGUGCAUUUUUGAAUCAGGUUUUCCUUGGUGCUGCUGCUGCUGUUGCUGCUGCUGUCGAACGCAUCAUGUCGACGAUGAAAAUGCCCUCCCUCGAGGAUGACCAGCGAUUUGCGCUGAUGAAGUUUCGCCGGCAGGUGGCUGACGUACUGAAACCGGAGCACGAUGAUUACUAUCUGCUGCGCUGGCUGCGAGCACGCAACUGGAACCCUGAGGCAGCGGAGAAAAUGCUGCGCGACUCGAUGAAGUUCCGUGAGCGCUGGAAUACAGAUGAGAUCGCCAAGUGGCCGACGCCCCAGAUCCUGCAAGACUACAGUCCCCACGGUGUGUCCGGGUUCGACAAGGACGGAUCCCCGAUCAUCAUCAUUCCGUUUGCCGGGUUCGACAUCUGGGGGCUGCUGCACAGUGUGUCCCGGGCCGACAUCAUCCGCAUGACGAUGCAGUCCCUCGAAGGCUACAUGCAGCUAGCGUACGAGCAGAGCAAGAAGACGAACAACCCCGGCAGCCGACAGUUUGUGGUGGUGUUCGAUAUGGACAACUUUAACCUGAAGCAGUACAUCUGGCGCCCGGCGAGCGAGGUGGUGAUCUCGCUGAUCAAGAUGUACGAAGCGAACUAUCCGGAAAUCCUGAAAUGCUGCUACAUCAUCAACACACCGAAAGUGUUUGCGUUCGCGUACAACAUGGUGAAGAAGUUCCUGGGCGAGUACACGAUCGACAAGAUUCGCAUCUUCAAGCCGGACCGGAGCAAGUGGUUGCCGUCGAUACUGGAGCGGUGCGAUGCGGAUCAAAUCCCGGCAUACUUUGGCGGUACGCAAACCGAUCCGGACGGUAAUCCGAAGUGUGAGACAAAGAUUUGCUGGGGCGGCAAGGUGCCGAAGGAGCUGUACACUUCGAAGGAGGACAGCUUCAACAACAAUCUAAGCUUUACGGAGACGGAGAUCCGGAAGGGUAGCAAGCUGAAGCUGACGUUCGAUUGUGAGGAUGCUGGCUGUUUCUUGAAAUGGGAAUUCCGUACGUUCGAUCACGACAUCAAGUUCGGCGUCAAGUGCGUAAACAAGAAGACGGAAGAAUCGGCUAUUGAGGUACCGCUCAAGCGGGUGUCCUCCCAUCAGGUGGACGAGUCCGGUUUUAUCACCUGCCAACCGGGUUGUACAUAUCACGUCCUGUUUGACAAUUCGUACUCGUACUUCAAGACGAAAAAGAUUCGCUACUCCGUCCUGAUGACGGCACCGCUCAGCGAUGUGGAACAGACGAUGGCGCCGAUUGCCAUCACGGAAGAAACAUCACCGCAGGAGGAGAACGAAGAUUCGACGCAAGAUUCUGCACUCUAGGUACCAAGCUGCUACCCCCUGGGGACGGUUGGUUGUUGGUCGAUGUGUACCGGGGAAACAUAACGCAGGUAUUACAGGGACAGGCGUAAAGGAUAUUAACAACAACAAAAUCUAGCAAACAAAAACGAACCCCAUCAUGCGCUAUUGCGAACCAAAGAUUCCUUUCCGAAGACUUGAAAUUCAUUUCGUGCGAUCGAGUUUAGCUUUUUCACGUGCGUUACACCGCAUACCUUUAUGGCUAUCGCGUGUUUAACGCCUUCUAUCUUCUGUUUGGCUUUAUCAGCGCGCAAACGAUUAUGGACACACCGUUAAAGGAAUGAGUUUGUCAUGCCGAAAACGGGCGGCAAAAAAAAAAACACUGAUACGCGGCCAAUUCUUUCAUUUGCAGGUGAUAAACGAUUAGAUAGUAAGCAAAAUUGCGUAUUCCUACACGGUUGACUUUCGUCCUUAUCGGUGACAUUGUAAAUAUUAAUACCGGUACUAAACACUACGGCGCAAAGGGACAACAAGUCGGUAAAAUGGGCGAUAUUCUCUCGUGGAGAGUAGUGUCGUGUGCGUGAGCAGGACCAGCGGGUAAUAGGUUAGUUGUAAAGGGGGAAAAUCGUGGAUUUUGUAGUGAGAAGCUGUCCUAACCAUAGGCAAAGGACCGUGCGUAACCUUCGUGGUAAAAAAGGACGUAAAACUGUGUCGGGCAUAUUACGUGUUGUGCUGUGUAAAGUUAUAAACUACACUUAUGUUUAAUAAAAACCGUACGGAUUGGUUACAUGAAACACUA